AUGAAGAAAACAUUCUUAACUUGUUUACCAUUGAACACCAUAUAAGAAUAGGCUCUUUUUUAUACUUUAAGAAUAUUGAGGAAAGCUUCUGAUUAAUAAUUGCUUGAAUUAGAUUAAAUUAAAUUGUUUAUAAAAGAAAUAUCUCCAUUAGUUUUACAUCAUAAUAGAUGGGUUAGAGAUGAAGCCUAACAUUUUAUUACUAUUUAAUUAAAAACUUUUAACAGCUUAGAUAUUUAUUUACAUAUACUUCCUCAUAUUAAAAAGUAUUUAAAAGAGAAUGUGCCUAAUUUGGAUGAAGAAAUUUUUAAAAAUUUAGUUUAGAAGCCCAUUAGUUAAAAGUUUUGGUAGGAGAAUCAUCAGUUUGAAAAAUUAUAUAAAUUUAAAUAGACUUUAAUAUAAUUAGAAAAAUUAUGUAGAGGAGUAUAUAUUGAAUCAAAACCAUACUCUGAAAUCUCUAUUUAAAAAACUGAUAAAAUUUAAAACCUGCCAUCAUCAAAUGUUUCUUAAAAAUUAUUUGAGUUUUUUGAAGCAUACUUUAAGUUAAAAUUUUUUAAAUAAAAUGCUUAUAUUAUUUUGACAGAAUUUAUUAAAAAGUAGAAAACUUGGAAUGAUUUCAAUAAUUUUAGUAAAAUUAACUUGGGUAUAGAUUUACAAAAUUACAAAAAUUACAAGAAUUUCAAAAACAAAUUUGUAGAGUAAUAAUAAUUUAAAUCUAGCACUUAACGGAUCAAUUUUAUCAGUUUUAAUAUUAUUAUGAAUUAAUUCAUAUAGAAAUCGUAUUAAAUCCAAUAGACUGAAAUUUAAUAUGAAAAAAGUGUAGAACAAAAGAUUGUAAAAUAAUUCAAAUUAAAAAAAUAAUUAGUCACUACUAUUCCUGAACACAAAGACAUAGUGACAUCCUUAUAAAAAUAUAGUGAUCAAAACAGAUUUAUUUCAGCCUCUUAUGAUGGAACAAUAAGAUUUUAUGAAAUGAAUAAAAUUUAAGAAGAUUUUACUUGUGGUAGUUUGCAUUCAAUACAAAUAAUGGAUGAUCAAAAUAAGCUUGAAAGAUUAAAUACUAUAUAUGUUUUAGAAGGAGCAGACAGUUUUAUUGUUGGUACAAACUCUGGUUAAGUUAGUUAAUAUAAGAAUUAAGUAAAAGUAACACCUUUUACAAAAGAUGAUUCAGGAAUAAAGAAAAUAGUAGAUUAUGAUAAUGCCUUUUGCCAUGUAACUGAAAAAGGAUUUUUGAUUCUUGAAGACAUCAGAACAAGAAGAACAUAAUAAUUAAGUGUCAAUACUAAAUGCCUUUUAGCGCCUAGUUUAGUUCAUGAUAAUAAUAAUACAAUGUUAAGCACAGUUAAUGGUUUUUUAAUAUUAUAUGACAAUAGAUGA